AUGAAGGAAGGAAGGAAGGAAGGAAGUCGCGGAAACAGGCUCAGGUGGCUGCGCAAUGCGGUGACCGUUGACAAGAAGACAAAGGCGCAGGCGAAGGGCGCGGAGAAAGUGACCAAGGCUCUGGUUCUGCUUCGAGAAGUGCAGCACCCUCCUCACACCCAGACUAUCGCUCGAGGUGCCGCGAUGGACCGCGCGACGCCCAAGCUGAAGAAGGAAGAGCUGGACACGCUCCCGUACGAGAAGUUCGCGAAUAACGGCGCACUCAUGAGGCUUCACGAUCUCGAGCACGUGGAUCUCUUCAUAGAGAAGCGCAAUAGAUGGCUGGAUAGGACCCUUCCUACCUCACAGCUGCGCGCGCCGUUCGGCGCGCAGGUGCAGGCAGGUCCGCCUUCCAGUGUUGUCGCGGAGUCAACGUCGAGCGCGCCGCAGGAAGAUCAGCCUCUCAACUGA